AUGGCUGAAAAAUGCAAGUCAAAUCGCAGUGCGUAUACCAUUGACUUGAAUACCUUCACCAAGAGGCUGCAGACUCUCUAUGCAAACUGGCGCCAGCACAAAAACGUGUUAUGGGGUUCGUCAAAUUACCUUGUUAUGGCCACAUCGCCUUCUUCUGAAGAUUUACGCUACUUGAAAUCCUCUUCCCUCAACAUAUGGUUGCUCGGUUAUGUGUUCCCCGAGACAAUCAUGGUUUUUGGGGACAAGCAAAUCCAUUUUCUGUGCAGCCAAAAGAAAGCGUCUUUGCUAGAGGCCAUUAAAGAACCAGCUAAAGAAUCAUUGUCUUUGGAUGUUGUCAUGCAUAAGAAGGUUCUGCUCGGACGUUGCCGCUGCUGGAAGGCCUCGCCGAAAAUAAUGGUGAAAGCCGGUGACGCGAACGGAGUUGUGGGGGUGGUCUACCAGGAUAAAAAUGAAAUCGCCUACAUAAAGAAGGCCGCGUAUAUAAUCGCCUGCACCGUGAAGAAUUUUGUGGUCCCGAAAGUCGAGAAGGCGAUCGACGAGGAGAGAAAAGUGACGCACGCCUCACUUACGAAUGACACGGAGAAGGCCUUACUGGACCCUGCAAAGAUCGGCCUGCAACUAAAAGCUAAAAAUGUGGAUAUAUAUCAUCCUCCGAUCUUUCAGAGGUCCCGCUACAAUAGCUACUGCUCGAAUAUCGCUAGGACUUACCUUAUCGACUCGGAUGCUGUGCAGAGAAAUGCGUACAGAGUCCUUCUUCGGGCCCAUGAGGCUGCUAUUCUUGCGGUGAGGCCAAGGAAAAAAGCCUGUGUGGUCUACGAGGCUGCUCUCUCUGUGGUGAAAAUUGAUGCCCCCGAUUUUCUCCCUAACCUGACAAAAUCUGUCAGGACAGGCAUCAGUCUUCAGUUUCGUGAGUCUGGGCUGAGUCUUGAUGUGGAAAAUGAGAAAGUGCUGAAAGCGGGGAUGGCCCUUAAUGUUUCGAUUGGUUUUCAGAAUCUACAAGCAAAGACGAAAAAAGGCCCGAAAGCCCAAAAUUUCUCGACGCUGCUCACCGAUACGGUUCUCGUGAUGGACAGCAGAUGUGAUGUUGCCACGUCAGCCAGCUCAAAAUUGUUUAAGGACGUCGCAUACUCCUUCAAUGAAGAGGACGAUGUAGAUGAGCCGCUGAGAAAGAAACUAAAAUCAGAUUGCAAUGCUGAAGAAAAAGAAUUCAUGUCCUCCAAAGCAACCCUCAAAUCCGACAAUGGUGAGAUGUCCAAGGAGGAGCUCCAGAAGCAGCACUAG